CUUCGUAAAAUAUUUCCCUGCUUUGGCACUAUGAAAUGACUUAAAUCAAAGGAACAAGAAAAUAUUUCUCAUUAAUUUUAGUUCGGUUGUGUCACUCGGGACAAAAAUUCAUCAUGGUUAACGUAGUCAUUGCGAGGAUUCCGCAAGGUGCAAAACUACACAAAUUCAUGAAUUUCUUGAAGAAAGCCAUAUUCAGGUGCAAAAAAGAAAUGCACGUAAAUUACUUUCGGCCUGAAAAUGAUGGCUCAAAGGUGUUAUCUUUUAGCACCACUUUUAAGAAGGCACUGAAGGCAAAAAAGACUUUGGAUGGUUUUCGGUAUGUGUUUGCAAGGGUGCCAUACCCUCUCGAAUGUUGGUUGGAGAAUUUGGAAGAAGAUGAGCUUGAAUGUAUGCCUUUCAAUGUUAAUAAUGAACAACCGCAAUGGGAGGACGACAGAGAAGAUAGAGCUGAAUAUCAGCCACCUUGUAAAAGCCGUCGUUAUUGCAGAAGUCCAGUCAAGUCAAGGUCUCCCAGUCUUAAUCAUACCAAUGAGUUGAAUGCUAUUGAAGCGAAGAUAGAGUUGAUGAGAAAGCAAAGGAUCCUGUUGGAGGAAGAAUCCAAGUUGCUGCUAGAAAAGAGAAAGUUGGAGUAUCUGCAGAAUAUGGGAUCGAAUGAUUACGGGAAUUUGGAAAAGUUCGAAGAUAUCUGUAGACGCAAUGAGCCUGACGAGAUCUCUGAAUUUCUUCGAUCGGAUAUGUCCUCUAAGCAAGCCCAAAAUAGUGUGAAACCAAAGUUACCAGGCUUCGUGGGCCCAUGCAAUGAGAUCAUCGGUCAAAUGAGAAUGCUCAUUGCUUCCCACGACGAAAUAACUUUGGAAAAUCGCUCUUUGUUCUUCAACCUACUCCGUACUACGCUGAAAAAGCGCCUAGCGGUGAUUUUGGAGGGCAAAGUCCGCUUGCCAAUGAGUGAUAUCAUAAACCUGUAUAGACUCCAGCAUCCUAUAAGCACUGAUGCUAAUCUAGUGUCUGAACUCUGCAAUACUAUCCAGACGAGUUGCUGGCCCCAAAAGCGCUUGAGAAAAAGACGUUAUGUAAAAGAUUUUGUUGGAGGUCAGACCGCAGCGGCCCAGACCACUCCCACAGAGAUGCAAGGGGUAGAUGUGACUGCAGCCGUUGAAGAUGACAGUCCUGUGGACGGAAGUCAGCUCAUCGAUUUAGAUGAAUUCGUCGAUAUGGAGAACGACUUAGAGAACUGGAAUGAAGACGUUGGGAUUGCGGUUGCCGAUGACAAGGAUACCGAAGGUCAAAGUGUUGUCAAAGAAGAUACCAACACUGACGAUAACGCUACUGAGCAUAAGGCAGAAGAAACCGUAGAAGUUGAGAAGAGUGUAAAUACACAAAAGGCAGCGUUUCCGGAUUCUGGUAAACUUGAUGAAGUAGAUAAGACUGUACUGAUAGUUGACGAAGCCGUCAAGUCUGAUCAGAGAGCUGUUGAUUAUGUAGAAGUUAAGACGACUGAAGAAAAAGAAGCACAGUAGAAUUUUACUUUCUUUAUUACCAUCUAGAAUUAAGGUAACAAUUGACAGUUACAAUCCUUAAUGAUGUUUUAUGGCUAUUUUUUAACCAUUCCAAUGCAUACAUGUAAUUCUCAACUUCGGUAAAAAUACAUUGGUCAGCAAACA